CGACGGUGGAGUAAUAAGUGGGAUCUUAGGGUCGUUCUUCCGCUAGUGCUUUUACUCCGGACGUCUAUCGAAAAUAAAAUUUCAGUCCGUAAAACGGGCGAUUAAUAUUCAACCAUGUCUCUGAUGACCCUCCGUUUGGCUGCUGCUGUGGCAAAACAACUGCCAAAUGCCACUGUACAGAUUAAAUGGCCAGCAAGUGCAAUUGCAUCUCGCAAAUAUCAUGUUUCAUGCAGCCGACGAUCAGCUGAAAUCUCUGCCAUCUUGGAAGAACGAAUUAUGGGUUCAGCCCCAAAGGCUAAUCUUGAAGAAACUGGACGUGUGCUGAGUAUCGGAGAUGGUAUCGCUCGUGUGUACGGUUUGAAAAACAUUCAGGCCGAUGAAAUGGUGGAAUUCAGCUCGGGUUUAAAGGGUAUGGCCUUGAAUUUGGAACCCGAUAACGUCGGUAUCGUCGUAUUCGGUAACGACAGACACAUCAUGGAGGGUGACAUCGUCAAACGUACCGGAGCCAUCGUAGAUGUUCCCGUUGGUGACCAACUUCUAGGGCGUGUCGUUGAUGCUUUGGGUAAUCCAAUUGAUGGCAAAGGUCCAUUGAACAACAAAUUGAGGUUUCGUAUUGGUACCAAAGCUCCUGGCAUUAUUCCGAGAGAGUCGGUCAGAGAGCCCAUGCAAACUGGUAUCAAAGCUGUAGACUCAUUGGUGCCCAUUGGUCGUGGACAGCGAGAGUUGAUCAUCGGUGACAGACAGACUGGAAAGACUGCUCUGGCUAUUGAUACCAUCAUCAACCAGAAGCGUUUCAACGAUGCUGGUGAAGAGAAGAAGAAGCUGUACUGUAUUUACGUUGCUAUUGGACAGAAGAGAUCAACCGUAGCCCAGAUCGUAAAAAGAUUAACAGACAGCGGUGCUAUCAACUACACAAUCAUUGUAUCAGCUACUGCUUCUGAUGCUGCCCCUCUUCAAUACCUUGCCCCUUACUCUGGAUGUGCUAUGGGAGAGUUCUUCCGUGACAAUGGCAAGCACGCCCUCAUCAUUUACGAUGAUUUGUCCAAACAAGCUGUCGCUUACCGUCAAAUGUCUUUAUUGCUGAGACGACCUCCCGGACGUGAGGCCUACCCUGGUGAUGUAUUCUACCUCCACUCUCGUCUUCUUGAAAGAGCAGCCAAGAUGAAUGAAUCUCUUGGUGGUGGUUCUCUUACUGCCUUGCCUAUUAUUGAAACCCAGGCCGGAGAUGUGUCUGCUUACAUUCCCACCAAUGUCAUUUCCAUUACCGAUGGACAAAUUUUCUUGGAAACCGAGUUGUUCUACAAGGGUAUCCGACCUGCCAUCAACGUCGGUUUGUCUGUAUCUCGUGUAGGAUCUGCUGCUCAAACUAAAGCCAUGAAGCAAGUCGCUGGUUCCAUGAAAUUGGAGUUGGCCCAAUACCGUGAGGUCGCAGCUUUCGCCCAGUUCGGUUCUGAUUUGGAUGCUGCCACUCAACAGCUUCUCAGUCGUGGUGUCCGACUUACUGAGCUUCUCAAGCAAGGACAGUAUGUACCCAUGGCUAUUGAAGAACAAGUAGCUGUAAUUUACUGUGGUGUCCGUGGUUACCUUGACAAAAUGGAACCAAGCAAAAUCACUGCCUUCGAAAAAGAAUUCCUUGCACACAUCAGAGCAUCACACAAAGACCUGACUGGUACCAUUGCCAAGGAAAACAUCAUCAGCGAAUCAUCUGACGCUAAAUUGAAGAAAGUUGUUACCGAUUUCCUCGCUUCAUUUGGAGCGUAAAAACAUCAUAUAUUUAAUUAAAUGUGUCGUUCAAAUGUUCAUAGCUAGUUACUCGAACAGUGUCGUUAAGCUGUGCUGAAGUCAACGUGAGAAUCAGUAUUUAAAUAGUUUAUAACUAUCGAUACUGCACGACCAUUGACAAGAGCACAUUCACAUUUUUUUAAUUUCACAGGAUGAAAAUUUUAACCAUCGUGCGUACGCGUUAGAAAAAAAUAAUAAUAAAACAAAACUAUAAAUAAAUUACAUAUAUAAGUAAACAAGUGGAUGAAUGACGCGUUCGUCUUUAAUAAAAAUAUAUUAACUAGAGGUAUCUCUUGUAAUUAAAAAAUAAAAAAACCAACAAUA